CACGCGCGUCUCGCCAAUCGCACACAGUCGCACACGCGACGUGACGGACUCGCGAGUCACACCGUCGUUGACCUGUCAAUCGCAUUCGAAAUCGAGUAGUGACGUAAGGUCGACUAUCGUCGCGACGUGUCUGACUUCCGACAGGUAAAUAUCCGUCGCGUACGAGCAACACGGUGCGAAAAUAACGAGACGUAGUCACAAGUGUAAACGGUACUCGCGGUCGUCCCUGCAAUAUUGUCGCGACGAGCACGCUCGAUUCGCGAUUUCUUGCCGCUUACGGAAGCACAACGUCUGCGUGUGUCAGUGUGUACUUAAAAAUCCAUGCGAUGCGGCGUGCAGAUGCAAAUGUAUGCACGUACGUACGUGCAGUGCGUGAAGAGAGCAACGUCUCCCCCGAAUUUAUUCGCAUCUCGCUCUGCUUCGAUCUUUGAUGCAAUAUAGCCAUUAAAAAAAAAGAAAACGGAAAGAAUUGCAAUAUGUGAUGCUCGUCAAAGUUGCGUGAUCGCAGAAUCCACUUGCUCGGCUGUCGAGCGUGUUCGUGUGUCGCGAUACGUGCAGGGCGCGAGGCGAUAAGAAUACGACGCGCGCACACGGCUAUUUUUAUAUAUCUUUUGAGAGUGUAUCGUGCUGUCUCCCUCCGCGGUGCGUUUCUUCUGUUUUUUCGCGCGCGUUUUGUAGUUUCCCGAGGCGAAGUAGGGAAGCCGAUCGAGAUGGUGUAACCGGCGGGUGAAUUGCGCUAAAUAAGGCAACCUAGUAUUGCACAUCGCCUGGGAAUGGCAUUGUUUGGAUCGUGCUAAGGCCUUUUGUUCAAAGAUGUAACCGAGAUCCUAUGAUGUUGUGUACGUGCGAGCGCCGACGACUCAUGGGAGAAGAUUUAAAUAUUGGAGAAUGCCUGUAAUGGAUGUGCGCACAUAAGGAGAACGGACGUGAUCGGAUAACUCGCUGCGACAAGUAAUACUGAAAACUCGAUGCAAGAUUGUUGAGCUCUCAGAGAGUAUUCGUACUUUUUGGUUGGGAUAUUAUGUCGAGCACUGGGUCUAUCAUAUCGCACACCCUUGCUCAUCUGCCGGAGAAAGAGCAUGGGUCCAUCUCUACUGUAGAUUACUCUAGCAUCAGGGAGAAGAAUGUCUUGGUCAGUCCAUCCGAGGAUCAGUACGACCUGUUACUGAGGAGAUUGAAAGAAAGGAUUCAGGAUGGAGGCAGUGAGACGAUCUUCGACAUUGGUAUCGCCGAAGACGGAUCCGAGGAUGGAUUGAAGGAGGAUGAGUAUGAAGCGUCAGUCGCCACUUUACAGUCCCUCGCUGCUACAUUGGAAGCAGAUUGCGUACUUCUGCGUCAGAGCAAGGUAGAUCACGGUCUUACGGGGCAAUAUCUAGUGAGGAGACGUCUAGAUCGGCAGGAUUUCUUAGAGAUUAGGGUCGCCGUAGUUGGCAAUGUAGAUGCUGGUAAAUCGACAUUGUUGGGAGUACUGACGCAUGGCGAACUCGACAAUGGACGAGGCCUGGCGCGGCAAAAAUUAUUUCGUCACAAGCACGAAGCCGAGACUGGGCGAACUAGUUCCGUGGGAAACGAUAUUCUUGGAUUCGACAGCGUCGGUAACGUAGUGAACAAACCUGAGCACGGAUCGCUGGACUGGGUAAAAAUCUGCGAGAAGUCCUCCAAAGUUAUCACAUUUAUCGAUCUUGCUGGCCACGAGAGAUAUUUAAAGACGACUGUUUUCGGGAUGACGGGACACGCUCCAGAUUUUGGUAUGCUAAUGAUCGGAGCAAACGCCGGCAUCGUAGGAAUGACCAAGGAACAUCUGGGUCUCGCCCUAGCCCUGUCCGUACCCGUAUUCGUCGUCGUGACGAAAAUCGACAUGUGUCCGCCGAACGUUCUGCAGGAAAAUUUAAAAUUGCUGAUAAGAAUCCUGAAAUCGCCCGGCUGUAGGAAAGUUCCGGUUACGGUAAAGACACCCGACGAUGUCGUAGUUAGCGCGACAAAUUUUGUCUCGGAACGACUGUGUCCGAUCUUCCAAGUGUCUAACGUGUCUGGCGAAAAUUUAAAUCUCCUCAAGAUGUUCCUCAAUCUGUUGACCGCAAGAAUCACUAGUCACGAUGAUGAGCCUGCCGAGUUCCAAAUCGACGACACGUAUUCCGUGCCAGGGGUCGGUACCGUCGUGUCGGGCACAACUUUGAAAGGUAUCAUCAAAUUAAACGAUACUUUAUUACUAGGACCCGAUCCGCUAGGCCGUUUCACGCCUAUAGCGGUGAAAAGUAUCCACCGAAAGAGAAUGCCCGUCCGCGAGGUGAGAGGCGGUCAAACAGCCAGUUUCGCCUUGAAGAAGAUCAAGCGGUCGCACAUUCGCAAGGGUAUGGUGAUGGUCGCGCCUGCGCUCAAUCCGCAGGCCUGCUGGGAGUUCGAGGGCGAGAUCUUGGUGCUACACCAUCCGACAACGAUUAGUUCGCGCUACCAAGCGAUGGUACAUUGCGGCAGCAUACGACAAACGGCAUCUAUAUUGUCCAUGUCCCAGGACUGCCUGAGAACGGGCGACAAGGCGUUGGUGCACUUUCGAUUCAUCAAGCAUCCGGAGUACAUAAAACCCGGGCAGAGAAUGGUUUUCCGCGAGGGACGCACCAAGGCGGUGGGAAACGUGGUGAAACUUAUACCGCACUCGAACAAUACCAGUACGCAGGCGUCGAGGAUUAAUAAGCCGAACAAGACCUCGCAGAGUCGGCAGAGUGCGAACGUGCAGACAGCGGAAAUGACUGAAGCCGACUCGAUGAUCGAGUCGCAAACGGCCAAGCAGGAGAACGUGCCGCAAAAGUCUGGAUCGAACCAGAACAAGAAGGGCCGAGGCCGGAGAGGAGGACGGUCUCACAACUCCAUCAACAGUAUUCAGCCUUUGGCGGAGCAGAAUCCUCCUGCAAAAGUAUAAGAGCUGUUGAUGUACAAAGGAGAGAUACAAUAUUAUUAAUAUAUAUAAUUCUAACAACCUUCUAGCAUAUACAUGUUUCUCAUCUGAUGAGGAAAAGUGAUCUGUGACACGUGAUGCUAUUCCUCAAAGUCUUUUUCUUCUGAGAGAGAUGAGAGGGAUGUACUGGAGGAUACGGGGGCUAUAAAUUCGUUAGAGUACAAACGAUCUCUUACGUCUUGACUAUAUUAAUCGCGUUAAAAAGAUAUUCUUUUAAUGAUAUGAUAACAUAUACAUAUAUAUAUAUAUAUAUAAAUAUAUACAUAAGCCGGUAUUUACAAAUCGUAUUAUUUUUGUAAAAAGGACACGUGUGUACUCCAAAUUUGGACUAAUAGAUAAGAGGUCAGGAAAUACACGCGCGCGUGUCUCCGUUUUUAUGAUAUAGCUAGACGCGUAUGUGGAUACGUACGUAUGUAUAAGGCCCAGUUCCACAACUUCAACCGGAGUUUCUAACUCGUUGAUGAAGAAUUCGUACUGCGUCCGAUGUGCGACGUUCAGUCCAACAGCAAAGUUGAUUUUCUAGAGAUUCUACACGUGACGCAUUGUGAAUUAACGAAUUAAAAACUCCGGUUGAAGUCAGUUGUAGAACUGGGCCUAAGAGAGCGAAUAGAUUUUUUUCGAAAUUUUAAAAUACAUGAGAAUUUGAUAUCUUGCUUUCUCGUUCUGUCGUGUGUAUACUUUUAACUCUGGACUGUACAGGAAUCCUGCGUAUACUUGUACACGUCGCAUUUUCGUUCGAUUCUCGAGGUACAUUUUGCAAGGCCGAGUUUUAAGCGCGGACACGUGAUAUUUAUUAAGAGGAGACUAUUAUUAUAACAGACAUAUCUAUUCCUGAAUAAAUCAUUUACAAGCCUCAGAAUGCGAAACGCAUAUUGCUUCCGUGUAUUUCAACAUUUCUAAUGUAAUGAUUGAGCAAUUCUUUGUCGCCAGCUCUACACGCUGCUAAAAAUGUAACACUACUCGACGUAUGACAAUUAGAAAUGAAUUUUAUGAACACACA